AUGGCGACCGAAAAGGACGUCCAUGAUGGUGUCUCGACGCCCGAGACUACCCAGGUCCAACCCGAAAGUCGUGCCGAGGGCCAUGCGGUCCCAGGCAAGCCUGGAAACGCCAUUGGCGAGGGCCAUCUCAGUCACGGAGGUGCGGUGCGCGACGAGGACUUCUACACCCGUAAUGGACUCAACUUCGAGUCCUUCAAACGCCGAGACUAUGGUCACGGCAUCGUCGAGCUCGAUCGUACCAUGAAGACUCGUCACUUGCACAUGAUUGCUAUUGGUGGCUCCAUUGGUGCUGGUUUCUUCGUCGGGUCCGGAGGUGCCCUGGCUACUGGUGUUUGUUUUGCCACCAGCCUACAAGGCCCCGGCUCCAUUCUUCUCGACUUCUCAAUUAUUGGUAUCAUGAUGUUCAACGUUGUCUACGCACUUGGUGAACUCGCUGUCAUGUACCCUGUAUCCGGUGGCUUCUACGUAUACUCGACUCGCUUCAUUGACCCUUCUUGGGGCUUCGCGAUGGGAUGGAACUACGUUUUCCAGUGGGCAAUUGUCUUACCUCUCGAAUUGACCGUGUGUGGUCUAACAAUCAACUACUGGGAAGGGGCUAGAAAUAUCAGUCUCGCUGUUUGGAUCACCAUUUUCUGGGCUGCAAUCACCUUCAUCAACGUCUUUGGAACUUUGGGAUACGCCGAGGAAGAAUUCUGGUCCUCCCUUCUCAAGCUUUCGGCCAUUGUCAUUUUCAUGAUCGUAGCUCUGGUCCUCGUGUGCGGUGGUGGCCCUGCUGGCGGUCGUUAUGAUGAGUACUGGGGUGCGCGAUACUGGUACGACCCCGGCGCAUUCAAGAACGGAUUCAAAGGAUUCUGCGCGGUCUUUGUCACCGCUGCAUUCUCGUUUGCCGGUACCGAGCUCGUUGGCUUGGCCGCAGCCGAAUCCAGCAACCCCUUGAAGUCCUUGCCAGGUGCCAUCAAGCAGGUCUUCUGGCGUAUCACCCUGUUCUAUAUCCUCGGUCUCUUCUUUGUUGGCCUCCUCAUCAGCUCCAACGACGAGAACAUUCUUGGUGCCGACAACCCUUACGCCGACGGUACAUCGCCUUUUGUAUUGGCCGCCAAGUACGCUGGCUUGAACGGUUACGAUCACUUUAUGAAUUCCAUCAUCUUGGUGUCAGUCCUCUCAUUGGGAGUUUCGUGCGUCUAUGGCGGCUCCCGUACUCUGACGGCUCUUGCGCAACAGGGCUAUGCCCCUAAGAUCUUUACCUACGUCGAUAAGUCUGGCCGCCCUCUACCGUCCGUUGCAGUCCACCUUGUCUGCGGCGCCCUUGCCUAUAUCAACUUGGACGCAAGUGGCGAGACGGUCUUCAACUGGCUCCUCGCCAUGUCAGCACUCGCUGCUCUGUUCACUUGGGGAUCCAUCUGUUUGGCUCACAUUAGAUUCCGCAAGGCUUGGGCUUACCACGGACAUACUGUCGAUGAGAUUCCUUUCAAGGCUGCAUUUGGUGUCGCCGGGUCCUGGGUCGGGUUGAUUCUAUGCAUCCUUGUACUCAUUGCUCAGCUCUUCGUUGCAAUCGCACCCGCUGGGCAGGGCAACGAGCUCAAUGAUGCCGCUGGAUUCUUUGAGGCUAUGGUUACUGUUCCUGUUAUCAUCGUCUUCUGGGUCAUUGGCUUCGCCUGGAAGCGCACUGGCUGGCUUCGCACCCACCAGAUGGAUGUUGAUACCGGACGUCGCGAGCUCGACUGGGAGGAGAUGAACCGCUACAAGGCCGAGGUUGCUUCUUGGCCUACGUGGAAGCGCGUGUACAACAGGUUCUUCUAG